AAAACAUCUCAGGAACCCGCACAGCAGCAGUGAUGCAGCGGUCUUUCCUCAGCCGGGGUGCGCUGCUCGCCCAGCAAACUGCAGCGGCCCUCGAGGGUCGGAGCGCACCACUUCUGCAGCGCAUGGACCGCUCCAUGUCCUCGGUCUCCAUCCCACCGCCGGCGUGCAUUCUGCGGCCACUCGAGGUCCCACUGCGGUACCUUUUCGGGCCAGGACCCUCAAAUGUUCCUCCACGUGUUUUAGCUGCUGGGUCCAAGCCGAUAAUUGGUCACUUGCACGCAGAAAUGUAUGAGAUCAUGAAUGACAUCAAGAAGGGGAUCCACUACGCCUUUCAGACAGAAAACAACAUGACGAUAUCCAUGAGCGGCUCUGGUCAUGCUGCUAUGGAGUGUGCGGUGUUCAACACCGUGGAGCCUGGAGAGAGCGUGCUCGUCGCCAUUAACGGAAUUUGGGGAGAACGCGUUGCAGAAAUUGCAGACAGAAUGGGUGCCAAUGUACAUAGAAUGGUAAAAACACCAGGGGGAUAUUUUACUAACACGGAAAUUGAACAGGCCAUAGAAAAACACAAGCCAGUCCUGUUUUUCCUCACACAUGGAGAAUCCUCUGCUGGCCUCUGUCACCCAAUAGAUGGCAUUGGAGACAUCUGCCAAAAACACAACUGCCUCUUUUUGGUCGACACAGUCGCCUCACUUGGAGCAGCACCAAUUUUUAUGGAUAGUCAAAAUAUUGACAUCCUGUACACUGGGUCUCAGAAAGCUCUGAAUGCACCUCCUGGCACAGCUCCCAUCUCUUUUAAUGACAGAGCAUGUCACAAGAUGUUUAACAGGAAAACAAACCCAGUAUCCUACCUCCUUGACAUGACACAUUUAGCCAACUACUGGGGUUGUGAUGGCAAACCUGCCAGAGUAUACCAUCACACAGGUCCUGUGUCAGGAUUCUUUGCUCUGAGAGAGAGUCUGUCAAUUCUUGCUGAGAGGGGGCUGGAAGAGUCCUGGAAGAAACACAAGGAGUUGGCAGCCUAUCUGUACAGAGGAUUGGAAGACCUUGGCUUAAAGCUUUUCAUUCCUGACAAGGAUUUGAGGCUUCCCUCCGUCACCACCAUCGCCAUCCCUGAAGGCUAUGACUGGAGGGAGCUGUUGGCCUAUAUGAUGAAAAACCACAACAUGGAGAUGACUGGAGGCCUGGGCCCUUCCAUUGGCAUGGUGAUGAGGAUUGGAUUGAUGGGAUACAACUGUGAGAAGAGGAACGCUGACAUGGCACUGCACGCUCUGGAAGACGCUCUCAAGAACUGCAAAAAGAGCAAAGCCUAAGAGAGCAGAUUCCUCCACCUGCAGGGCAACUGGAGCAGUGCAUAUGUUAGUGUAAAGCAGGUGUGCUUUUGAUUACAGACAUUUUAUAAAACACAUACCAUGUGUCUUUCUUGUAUAAGCAGUGGGGUAGUCGGUCGAAUGACUAGAUAAUAAACUCCAUGAAGGAGCAUCCAGCUGGUGCUGAUCUACAGUUUCCCUUGUAUAAAUAAACUGUGUUGUUUGAGUGGUGAGUGCACUGAAUAAUGUCAAUAAAGUGUGCUUUAUUUUAUCAA